AUGGGCGGCGCGGGAGUUGUUGCUGCUGGAUUAUUGUUGGCCGCGACCGAGUUGACUUCGCCUCUCGCCGCGACUCGAGUUCCCCCCAAUCGCUUGCGCCCGUUCGUCGCGUGUUCCCCCUGCCGGCUCUGCCUCCUCGUCUUCCACCACUCCGCUGCCCCGCGCUGCCUCUGCCUCGUGAUGCCUGCGGCGCUCGGGGACGAAUUCUCGUACCCACCCCCGCCCUUUGACGGGGCGUUUGCUGCGCGUGCGUGGUCGGCCUCAUCUGCCUCUGUUGUGACCUCCGCGGAGAUGUCGUGUGUUCCUGCACCGCCGUCGUCUGCUCCUGCUGCUCCUGCUGUUCGACCGGCGGCGCCUGCUGCGGAUUCGCCUGCUGGGGCGAAGCAUCCGGUGCUUGCCCAGGAGCUUGCGUGCUCCGUGCCUAUCCCACUGGCCCCUGGGUCUGCCCCUGACCUCCCCCUGCCUGUUGCCGCGUCUGUUGACCCCGCCGUCCCGGCUGCGCCGUCUGCUGCCCCUGUUCCCGCGGAGCCGAUCCUUGCUGGUGGUUCGUCACCGCUGGCGGCGUCCGCCACCACUGGCGGCCCGGCCCCGGUUGCGGGAUCUGGGGAGACUGUUCACUCGGCGCCAGGGGUUCAGACAGUGGCUGCGACCUCGCAGCAGCGUCGUCCCCCGUCCCCGGACCGCCGUGGGGGCCAGCCUCAUUCUCCUGCGCCCCGCGAGGAGCGGGAGUCAACUCGUCGCCGGCGCGAUUCUCCUCGGCGUCAGCGUUCGCAGGCAAACUGGCCUGCCAUCGUGGCGGUCGCGGCGGCUGGGGGGGGGGGGGGGGGCGCGGCCGCGGUGGGGAGUGGGUGUACGAUCAGCCGGUGA